AUGAGUUUUUUCUCUUGUGAAAUUGGACAACUGUUGAACCAUGUCUGUAGCUGCUUUGGCAGUGAAGUCAACUAUAUCUGCAACCUCGGGAAGAAUCUGGAUGCACUGGAUAAAGCCAUGAAGGUACUCAGAGCAAGGCGAGCUGAUGUGUUGACAGAUGUGCAGAGGAAAGAAAGCGAAGGUCUACAAAGGCUUAAUGAAGUUCAGGAAUGGCUUACGAGUGUCGAGGAUAUCCAAAACAAAGUCUAUGAAUUGCUUCUUCCUAGUACCGAUGAACUUGAUAGGCUGUGUCUUUGUGGUCUUUGUACAAAGCACUUGGCAAAGAGCCAUAUCUACGGGAAAAGUGUAUUCGAGAUGUUGGAAGAAGUUGAAGAUCUCAAAUCUGGUGGAGUUUUUGAAAGGGUGGCUAGGCGACCUACGGUAGCUGUGGUGGUGGAGAGGCCUCUACAGUCGAAUAUUGUUGGUCAAGAAGAUAUUUUCGAGAAGGCAUGGAACCAUCUCAUGGAUAAAGGAACCGAGAAGAUGGGUCUCUACGGUAUGGGAGGAGUAGGAAAAACAACUCUUCUUGAACGGAUCAACAAUAAGUUUAAGUUUGCAAAUGAUGGGUUUGAAAUUGUCAUUUGGGUUGUGGUGUCCAGCAAUCUACUGAUCGAGAAGAUUCAAGAUGAGAUUGCUGAGAAACUCGGCUUUCCUCGAGAAGAAUGGAAGAAAAAAGAGAAAACCGAGAAGGUCACUGAUAUACACACUCGUUUGAAGAAUAAGAAAUUUGUCUUGUUACUAGAUGACAUUUGGGAAGAAGUAGAUUUAAAAGAAAUAGGAGUCCCAUCUCCGACAAGGGAAAAUGGAUGCAAAGUAGUGUUCACCACUCGUUCUACGGAUGUAUGUGGCCAAAUGGGGGUGGAUGACCCAAUGGAAGUAAAAUGUUUGGAAUCUGACGAAGCUUGGGAUUUGUUCCGUGAGAUAGUUGGGAGAAUCACAUUAGAAAGCCACCCAGAAAUUCUUGAGCUCGCAUGUGAAGUUGCUAGAAAAUGUCGUGGUUUACCAUUGGCGCUGAAUAUUAUCGGCAAAAAUAUGGCGUGCAAGAGGACGGUACAAGAAUGGGAUGAAGCAAUCGACACUCUUGCUUCUUCUGCUGCAGAUUUUCGUGGUAUGAAAGACCAUAUUUUCCCAAUUUUGAAGUAUAGCUACGAUGGCCUCAGAGAAGACCUACCUGUCAAGUCUUGUUUUCAAUACUGCGCUUUAUUUCCUGAAGAUUUUUCGAUAAAAAAGGAGAAAUUGGUAGAUUACUGGAUAGGCGAAAGAUUCAUAGAUGAAAAACAAGGUCUAAAGAGGGCUAAAAACAAGGCUCAUGGGAUUAUCGGUACCCUUGUCCAGGCUUGUUUAUUGACUGAAGAAAACAAAGCUCAUCGGUUUUUGGAAAAAACCUCAUGUGUGAAAAUGCAUGAUGUGGUUCGUGAGAUGGCAUUGUGGAUAGCAAAUGAUUUUGGGAAGAAUAAAGAGAGAUGUAUCGUGCAAAUUGGUGUUGGUUUACGUGAAGUUCCUAAAGUUAAGAACUGGAGAUUGGUGAGAAGGAUGUCGUUGAUUAAUAACGAGAUUGAAAAUGUAUCUGACACUCCAGAGUGCCCUGAGCUUACAACUCUGCUCUUCCAAAAAAAUUUGAUGAUGAAAAAUAUCUCAGGUGAAUUCUUCAAGUCUAUGCCCAGUUUAGUCGUAUUGGAUCUAUCGUAUAAUGGACUUUUGAAUGGAUUGCCAGAGGAAAUAUCAGAGUUGGUCUCCUUGCGAUAUCUCCACUUGUCACUUACAGGGAUACGGCGACUGCCUGGUGGUUUACUGAAGUUGAAAAAGCUAAUAUAUCUGAAUUUGGAGCGGACGAUUGAGAGUAUUUCUGGGAUAUCAAAGCUGUCGAGUUUGAGGACACUGCGACUAGUAGAUUCCAGAGUAUUGCAAGAUCUCAACGGGAUGAAGGAACUGGAGCUCUUAGAACAUCUAGAAGUGGUGACCGUAUCAAUCUGGUCAAUUUUGGAUGCAGAUCAAUUGUUCAAAUGCUCCUUCUGCUACCAGACUAGUAGUGAAUGCUAUUCAGGUGCUAUAUAUUGA